UGUGACCAAAAUAGUGAAAAUACGUGUAGAAACAAUGGAAAUCAAUGCAACUAGCAUAUCGAAAUAUAAUAGGGAUCCUGAGACAGAUUUUGGCGUUCUAAGCCCUGUGAUACCUAAGCUACGCAGGUUUGGCGGUGUUUAUUCACCUGAACAUCUAAAUUUAACUCCAAGGCCAAAAGCCACAGCUGAUUUUAAAGAACCCUGGAAUGAGAAUCAUAACUUGUAUACACCUGAAAAGUUACCUGAAGUUGAUUUCAGAUGCAGGACAGUUAAACCAAAAGGGAACCAUGGUUCUCAGAAUUACUCCUUUGAAGGCAACCAAAGCUAUCCCCGUCUGAACAGAAGGCUCCGGCCCAUUAGGAUGGAGCUGGAGACACCCACAAAGGUCAAACCUACAGUCGAUCUUGUGAGAGUGGAUGGCCCAAAUGGUCUCCGUUUCAACACUUCCCUCGCUACUGGAGAUAUCACAGGCUCGCCAGCGCAGUCUCAAACGGACCGCCUGCAGCAAGCCAUCAACCCGAGUAAAGCUGUGUUCACAAUAGAAACGAAUACCUCUAAAAUAUUAAUAGUGAACAAUAAAGCGUGUUCUCUCCUCGGCUAUUCAGCUGGGGAGCUCUGUGGGCUGAAGUUCUCUGAUCUUCUCCGCAAUAGGAACUGCAAGUUCUCACUACAUGAGCCUGAGGAGGGAGACGCUUCAGAGGAUGGGACCGUUGUCCUGCUUAGUGGCAAAGUCGUAGAACUAUUAUCAAAAGACGGCCGGGCGGUGCAGGUGUCUCUGUGGAUCCGACAGCUGGACAACGACGGCCCCUGUUUGGUAGUCGCCGAGCCGGUCAGCUGCAAAACUGUCGUGUUAACAGUGGACGCUGAAGACGGCAUGAUCCUCUCGUGUUGCGGCGACGACGCAGCCCUGCUGUUCCAAGCGGAGUCUUGCGACAAGUUACUGGGACUCCCGCUGGCUUCACUCAUUCCAUCCGUACAACUACCUCCUUGGGAUGCGCCCAUCCCGCGUAACAUCUCUAAGCAGAGGGCCACAGGAAGAACGCUUGACGGUGGCUCGUUCCCCUUAUGUCUUUGGAUUACUAGACCAGACACUACAGAAAAUACGCUUUGGUCUGGCAUGAAAUCUCACAAAGAAAGACCAAUAUAUGAAGUCAAUGUUCGGGUAACGUACAACGUGUCCGGUCUGCUAGUGGUCGACGAGAGCGGCAUCAUAACGGCGUGCAACCAGCACUUCGCGACGCUGACGUUCGGCAAGCCGCACUCGGCGGUGGUGGGGCGGCCCGUGGACGAGCUCAUCCCCGACUUCUGCCGCCAAGCCGACCUCAUCAAGCGUCUGCCGCGGCCCAAGGGGCACAACCAGGACGAUAAUGAAUCAGAUACAGAUGAGGAUUCAUGCGGAGCUUUCAACGGCAGCCAGAAGUCCGCCUGUAUGUCCAACGUGCAGCAAUCCCUCCUGUCCACUACGACUAGGGAAAAGUCUUCGAGCGCGCUUUGUCUCGACAAAUCUUGCAGUCUGGUCACGCAUACGCCUACCCCUACACAGGACAUGGUCUCCAGCAUCAGCACAACAGCGACGGAACAGCGGAACGACACCUCCGCCCUCCCGGACGUGACCUCGGGCAUGUCCAACAUCUCCAUCGACGACGACUUCACGCCCAGCAUCUCCAAGUCGCGCUCCGAAAACAUCCUGCGCUCCGAACAGAACAACCCCGUCGCCAGACAACUCGCCAAGGCCAAUGAGAAGUCCGACUCCAUAUACUACACCUCACAACACUCGCAAGAGGUCACCCCAACAGGCAACACCCCUAGAGUACGCAUGAACGACCCUUCUUUACGACUAUCCUUCGACUCGAGCAAAUACAGAUCCAAGGUCAACCAAGACAAAGACAAAAGCAGUCUAUCCUUAGAUUUUUGUGACUCGAAUGAGACGAGUGCGGACUUCUUGACGCCGAUCAAUGAGAUGCCGCCGCCUGGCUGCGAGAUUGAGGAUUUGCCGAAGCACAACGGGAAUGAGAGUAUUGAGAGUUUGAGUAAUGAUAAUGAUUUGGAGACGCAGACUGAGUCGGCGCCGAGGAAGAGAUAUGACUUGGACGGCCCCGAAACUCCUUGCAUCGCCAAACGCCUCCUCCGAGCCCACGUCACAUCAACUCCACAACGAACCAAAUCUGAAUGUGAUGACACCCAGGACGGCACCUACCGCGGCAUCGUGCUACAUCGCGAUGGGACGCAACUCAAUGUACUGUACACGGUAUCAACGAUGCAACUAGCGGCCGGCAACAGAGUCCGCUGUGUAUGGCUCGGAGUUCAACUAGAAGACACAGCGCGACACACCACACUUGCCUCCAGUGUAGCUUCUACAGCGGAUAGUUCACUGGUACUUGGAAACAAAUCGGUGAGCAGCAGGCCUCACUCAAUGUCCCUCGUGAGCCAGUGCGGCGAAGAACAGAUCUCCGGCGAGUACAACAAGCACUAUGUCACGUUGAAACAAAUAGGGAAAGGCGCCUACGGCUGCGUGAAAAUGGCUUACCGUCGCUCUGAUCGACUCCUGGCGGUAGCCAAGUUUAUAUUGAAGGAGAAAGUCGGAGCGCAGUUCUGGGUAGACGGACCCGAUGGAAAAAGAGUGCCUUUGGAGCUUAGUCUACUAAUGACUUUGAAGCAUCCUAAUAUCGUCAGCAUAUUAGAUGUGUAUGAAAAUGAGAAAUACUUCCAAAUGGUGAUGGAGAAACAUGGCGCUGGAAUGGACCUGUUUGAGUUCAUCGAGCGAAGGCCCGCGCUUGACGAGCCACUUCUUAGCUACAUAUUUAGACAGAUAGGCCAAGCCGUAGAGUACCUCCACACCCUAAACAUUCUUCACCGAGACAUCAAAGACGAGAACGUGAUCAUAGACAACAAGUUCCACGUGAAACUGAUCGACUUCGGCUCGGCUACGUUCAUGAGCAAGGAUACCUUGUUUUCGACGUUUUAUGGGACUACGGAGUAUUGCAGUCCUGAAGUUUUAGCUGGGAACAAAUACGCAGGCCCUGAGCUAGAGAUGUGGUCAAUGGGUAUAACACUCUACGUGCUAACAUACUUUGUUAACCCGUUCUCUGAUAUAGAAGACACGAUACAAGGACCGCUAGUGUUACCGUCACCUGUUUCAGAAGAUUUGGAACAGUUACUACGGUGGAUGCUGUGCAAAGAACCCUCUCAAAGAUGUACGGUGAGCCAACUGAUGGCGCACCCGUGGAUACGGCAGCCGGUCGCCAUCGCCAACUACGUGUUUCACGAGAUCGUCGACUGCGAUCGCCACGAAGCGAAUCCUGAGACGUAUUACAGUGGCAGCCUAGGCUCGCCUAGAAGCGGCUCUCCCGUCUCCUUGGCUGAUCCACUAGCUAAAGAACGCUCAAACCCAUCAGAGGUGGCGAUUCGUUCCGAAGGCAAGAACAUGUCGCGGGACGAACCAAAAAGAAACUCACUGGCGCUUCAUGCUCUGUCCACGGCUGACAGAGACGCGCAGUCCGACAACUACAGUCUAAGAUCAUCAGCCGAUAUUCUAGACAUUUCUUCAAAGCCCGUGUCCGAAGCGGCUCUAACGGACAUCAGCUCGGACGCGACCGGGCAUGCGGCCUGCGACAUCGACUACGACCCCGAUCAGUGCGAGUGCGACAGCUGGGACGAGUGCGAGCAGGACAGCUUCUCCUAAAUCGCCGCUGAGAGAGCGAGACACACAUACAAACACACUGUUUAUCUCUGAUGUAAGACCCAUAGACUACACGUACUCCAGAUGAUAUCGGAUCGGCCUCAGAUAUUCGGCAUUGUUACUUUUUGCGAACAACUGACAGGCCGACAUCGCCCGAUGAUCUGGUAAUCUAUGGGCACCUUAACAGCUUAUUGAAGACUCGUUAGAAAUCAUUAUAGGUACUUGUAAAUAUGAUGUCAUCUGGCCAGUAUCAUAUAAAAUAUCUUGUUACACAAUCUUAAGGUGGUUUUCCACCGGGAGAGCGUGAAUGGGCAGAGCGGAGAGGGAAUUGAAAUUUGUAUGGCGAAUUUUAAAUUCUCGCCCAGCGCAUCUUUGGUGGAAAUAGUAAAGAUUGACUUGGAUGUGCGGGACUUUAAUUGAGAUAUUUGUUAGUGUAAAAAUGAACUGUAUUGCUUCCGACUUAAAGUAUAAAUUAACUCUGAUGUUAGUUUCCCACCGGCAGAGCGAGACGAAAAGUGGCUUAGCGUGGAGAGGAGUGGAUUGACGUGGAUGUGCGGGACGUGAAUUGAAAUAUUAGUUAGUGUAAAAAUUAACCGUAUUGCUUUCUAUUUAGAGUAUAAAUUAACUCGAAGGUGGUAUUCUAUCGGCAGAGCGCGACGAGACAUGACGAGGCGCGGAUUGAAGAGGAUGUGCGAGACUUGAAUUGAGAUAUUUAUUAGUGUAAAAAUGUACCGUAUUGCUUUCGACAUAGAGUAUCGUAUGAAACCUACAAUCUGCGGCAGGCACGCGCAGGCACGCGCGGGCUCGCGCAGGCCCGCGAUGGCUAUUAAUGGCAAUUUUUAGUGGGAAAGGGUCCGGGCGAUUUCAAUUCCCUCCCCGCUCUGCCCAUUCACGCCCUGCCGGUGGAAAACCACCUUUAGCCCUACUCUGUGCACGGACGCAAGGCGAUCGCGGUUAUUUAAGCUGAAUCGAACUAUGACGUCCCGAGUAAGUUCUUAUUGCAUUGGAGAAGUGAACGUAAGCAGUUGCUGGCAAGUGAGUGGCAACAUGAACUUGAGUUCGAAUUGCUGGUGGCGCAAAGUUAAACAACACUUUGAUGCUAUGGAUGCCAUAGUAAUCGAAGUCCUGACAGCAUAAAUUGGACCUUAGGGUUCUUAUCCAGUAAUCAUUUAAAAAUUAUUUCAACUGGGGCUAAUAAAAAUAACUACGGGUAGUUUGAAGAAUGUGUUCUUGAGGUGAGAUAGGUCGCGGAAUUCUUAUUAUGUAUAUAAUU